UUUUCUCCUUUUAAAAAUAAAUUUUAUUAUUAAAUAUUUAUUCACAAUUAAAUCUAAAAAUAUUGUAUCACAUGUCUAUACUUACUUAAACGUCAAACAAAAAAUGCCGAGUGGUAAAAUAACAGUUGCCGUCAUUGGAGCUGGAGUUGCUGGAUUAAUAGUUGUUAGACAUAUAUCAGCAAAAUCCCAGAAUUUUAAUGUCACCUUAUUUGAACAGACUGAUAAAAUAGGUGGCACGUGGGUGUAUACAGAUGAAACAGAACUUGAUAAAAAUGGACUUCCGAUUCACAGUAGUAUGUACAAAAAUCUCAGAACCAAUCUUCCUAAAGAAAUCAUGCAAAUACCAGACUUUCCUUUUAAAAAUAACAAUGGACCUUCGUUCGUUCAUCACAGUGUAAUUCGACAAUAUCUACAAGAUUAUGCUCAUUAUUUCAAUCUUUAUCCUCAUAUUAGAUUCAAUACUUUAGUAAAAAAUAUCGAACCAAAAACAUUAUCGAAUAAUUGUAAUGUUUGGUCCGUAACAUGCGUAAAUCUUAUUACUAAUACAGAAUACACUAAAUCAUUCAAUGUAAUAAUUCUUUGUAAUGGACACUACACUGUGGGAAAUAUUCCAUUGAUCAGAGGUAUAGAUGACUUUCGUGGUAAUUAUAUUCAUAGUCAUCAAUACCGAUUUCCAGAAAAAUAUUUAGGAAAAAGAGUGUGUAUUCUUGGAGCUUCAUGGUCUGGAAUCGAUAUUGCCAUUGAAGUGUCCAAAUUUGCGAAGAAGAUUUAUCUAAGUCAUAACCUUCCGGAAAGACUAGAGUCUGUAAUAGCGGAUAAUGUUGAAGAGAGACCAGGUAUAAAAUUCAUUCAUGAAAAUACCAUUUAUUUUGAUGAUGAUUCAAAGGCAAUAAUUGAUGAUAUUAUUUUCUGCACUGGCUAUCAGUUUACUUACCCAUUUAUGUCAGAAAAGGUGAAAAUAAAAACUGAAAACAAUUAUGUUGAGCCAAUUUAUAAGCAUCUCAUACAUACAGAUAUGCCAAAUUUAUUCUUUAUGGGUUUGCCAGCAUUGGUAAUACCUUUUCCGAUGUUUCACCUUCAAUCGCAAUACAUAUUAAAGAUCCUUGAAGGUAGCAUUCAGCUUCCAUCUUCAGAAAAAAUGAGAAUUGAUAGCGAAAAUGAAAAAAAAAUGUUACUUGAGCAAGGUAUACCUAUAAGGCAUAUUGGAAAAAUGAAGGAGAGACAGUGGGCAUAUUAUGAUGAAAUUGCUGCAGCAGCAAAUAUACCAUCGUUUCCACCGGUCAUUAAAAAAAUUUAUCAUCAUACAAUGAAAAUGCGGCAAUUAAACUUAAUGACAUAUAAAGAUUAUCACUAUAAAAUUAUAGAUAAUGAAAAUUUUACAUUUCGAUAUUGUUAAUCUGCUCAUUGGAAAUAAAUUAAUUUAAUUAAAACUUUACU